GCGAUGAGAACACCGCCGUCAGCACCACGUCGCGCUUCUGCAUGCUCAACUGCAACGAACACAAGCAAUUCCGACGAUUAUAUCAACAUCGACGGCCGGUCGCCGCCGCCGUGUGGCGUAAACAAACCGCCGUCGAAACAAUACGCACACGGCAUGCGGUUUGUUUACUUGCAGGACUUUUAAACAGCGCAGCGCCACCUCUGUGACAAUGUACAAAGUAAUAGUCAACCUUUAAACUCAGACUAAGUUACAAGUCAGAUAAGUAUUCAAUUAAUUAAACAGGAAACAGUAGUAAAUUAAGAAUACAAUAUUCUAUUAAUUAACAAUAAAUAAAAUAAAACAUAAAAGGACAAAUAUAAAUUAAGUUCAGUGCUGCCUACUGUGAAGUAUAAGCUCAACUCAUAUCUGUAUUGAUUUAUUUAUCUGGGUCACAAACCUAACCUGUAACUUCCAGCAGUCGCUCACAAACAGCUGCACCGUCAACCGUCACGCAUCACAACAAAACCCAAAUUUGAAUCAAACUCAUCAAAACCUAAACAACUAAUUAUAACAAUUAUAAGAAGAAGAGAAUUGUAAAUACAAUGGCCUACAAAUACGACCCGACCAUCGAGCCAAACAUCAAAGCCUUAAUUGUGAAGCUAACCAAUUUUAAUGAAAACACCGAAAUAUUCAAAUACGUGCACGAUUAUUUCUGGAAAUCCCUGCGCAGAACUGAUUCAGCAUUCUGCACUACAAAACAUGAGAUUGAUAGCAAAGUUGAUGGACUUGCAGAGAAGCUGGUUUUCCAUGGUUAUUUAAAAGAAUCACAUAGUCUUAAUACUCUCUAUGAGAAGUACAUGAGUGCAAGUGCAGGUGAAGAUGACACAAAAAGCAGAAUGGCUGUGAUGCAAUUGCUAUUUGCAAUGUCUAAAAGUCCAACAACCUAUCUAGCUUCCCUUCCAGAAGGUUUUGUUUUACAUGAGGAAACAAAAGAAGAGGAUAUUGAUUGGGGGUCAUAUCUCAUGGAGGGUAUUGAUACAUGGUCACCUAAUUUUGAUGAUUCAGAUGAACUGAGUGAUGAUGAACUCUCUGAUAAAUCAAACGAAGUUAUGACAGAAACCUCCCUUUCACGGACAUUGACUGACGACCAUAAAUUAACUAAAAUCUCAGCAGAAAAUCCCAAAAAAUCUAAUUUAGAGACAUUUGAGAGUUGUCAAAGAAUUUUAAAGGAAAACAUUCAACAUAAAUGGUACGCGUCAAAUGUCAUACGAGAUCUACCGGAGGUGCGCGAAUCAGAAUCAGAUAUUGCUAUAAGAUGGGAGCGUUAUUUAUCACAAGUAAGUUAUGGCCUACUCGGCGGGCGUCGGACCAAAAUUUUGAGCGAAUACAAAGUGCUUCGUGAAGUCUGUUGGCAAUUAAUAUCACCUCAUAACUCUGUUGUUUUCUCCUGGAGUGGAAACAAUUUGAUUGUCAAUGAAGACGUGUCAAUAUCAAGUGUGAGACCAUUUGUGUUCAAAAACCUUGUGUCGGCUUUCCUGCCGGACAUCUUAAUGCUUCACGAGUUGCGAACUUUCCACCGUCGAGUGUUGAACGACGAGCAAGCACCGCACACUUAUCGGGGCUAUGCGGAAGCGGCAAUGGCCAUCGUCCGACCGGCAAUUCGACGCCUCGCCGAGAUUGAAGCGGAAAUGAUCAAACAAGAAACCAUAUUAACAUUAAUAAGUUUUGGUAAUGAUUUGAAAGACAUUAUGAAAGAGGUUAAAUAUUUGCAUCGUGUGCACAGCGCCGCCAUUUUAAACUAUUCUAUCGAACCGCGGCACACUUGCUGCAUGAAUUUACUAACCACACUUUACAGCCACUUGAACUUGACUUGUGAGAAGUGGCAAAUGGAUAUUAUUCUUUCGCUGUACCUAGAGUCAGCGUAUAAGUAUGUGCGAAUCAUAGAAGAGUGGUUUAGAACUGAUAAGUUAGUUGAUUCACGUCGGGAGUUUCCGCUCGCGCCCCACACCAUGGUGGAUGACGAUGACAUAGACGAUGAUCGCGAAUAUCACGAUUUGUCAGUAAUUAGCAAAAAAGCAGCAUUUGACCGCGCCAAAUAUAUACUCCGCCAGUCGAACCACCAUCACUCUAAACUAGUUGAUGAUCCAUUAAUAUCAGUUAUCAAAAGCGAAGUGCUACAAAUCGGACGGCAAUUGCGACUGUUUAGUCUGUUGGGAAAACUGCAUUUACUACACGCGACCAAUUUCAGCAUUUACAAUGAAUGGCGCAGUGAAAUCUUUGAUAUCAUUCGAAAUUAUAGCGGUAUUUGUAACCCAGAAGAGAUUGCAGAAGAAGUGUCCGGUAUAGACGAAGGAAUAGAUCUGGACGAAAACAAAAUGGCGGAUGGCGCGAUGCAUAUUGAAGAAAAAUACUCGACCGAAUUUGAUUUAUUGGAGAACUGUACAGAUACUUCAGAUGGGUUGCUAAUGGCGGCAUUUCACGAUGUGUUCUAUCCUGAUGAAACAGCCCUUUCAAAUAAUAAGGUUAAGAUUAAGUCGACGUAUGCGCAGUUGCAGGAAAUGGGUAAACACUCGCUUCCAGGUGUGCAAAUAUUUAUAGCGGAUAUUCUUGGUGACAUAAUCCGACGUAAAUAUCGCAAUUGUGGCCAAGUCCUUAAAGAUCUAUUUCUACGUGAUUAUCACCUAGCUGAACACCUUGCUAUCAUGGCCAAGGUCUUCCUUUUCGCUGAUGAUACCAUCUACCCAUUUUAUCGCGCUGUUUUCGCUAAAAUCGAAUCAAACGCUACCUGGGGUAAUGACAUUUGGCUCACCUAUGAUCUUCAGGAUGUUCUUGCUGAUGCGCACCCGCGGUUGCAUGAACGAGUUCGGGUAGGUGUUAAACCCGGUUGGGCUUCCAUGUUGGAAGACCCAUUGCGCACGUGUACACUCAUCGACGUGCAAUAUUCAGUCGAGUGGCCGAUUGAUAUCAUAGUCACGGAACGUUGUGCGAAAAUGUAUCGCGAAAUGUUCUAUUUCGUGCUGAAGAUCAAGUGGGCGCUGCAUACACUCAACCAUCUAAGGUAUUCACGUAGCGAACAACGAAGAAGGCAGAAAGCCCCAAGGUAUGUUCGGGAGUUACUGCAGCGGUUGGAAGUGAUGCGUUUCGGGUUUAUUAAUGUCUUCGCCGCGCUGCAGCACUACAUUCUUGGGUAUGUGUAUCGAGUAUGCCGCAGGCGUUUCGACCGAGAAUUUGACGCCGCCACGGAUUUGGAAACUUUGGUUAGGAGUCACGAAGACUUUGUGUAUGGGUUUCAUCGGCUAGUCUCUAGAGUGCGCGACUAUCAAUCACAAUCGUUCGGAUUUGAUCGGGCACUAUAUUCGGUAAGACAAUUGCGUAAAAUGUGGAUCUCACCCGGCGACAUUUUCAACAAGAUGUUGGAGAAAACUGGAGAUUCACUGCGCGAAUGUCAUCGCAAUAUCUUUGAGGUUAUCAGCGUGCAAGUGUACGACUAAACACGCUGCCAUUUUGUUGUUUGUUGUCUAACACAUAAACUUACUGUUCAUCGGUUGGUUUGUUUGUUUGUUUGCUUAGUGACUUACCAUAUUCUGCGCCUGAAUGAACUCGUCCAAAUUUGCGUUCUCGCGAUAGACUUGCCCACCGACUCCGAUGUGCAUCUUUUUAAACGCACGUCGCUUUUCUUUCUCCCUCUCGGUUCGUUUGUUUGAAUUUGUUUAGUAUGCUGUUUUCUGCGUCUACAGAGAUUGCAAGAUCAUAGAAAGUAAUAGACUUUGGUUAUUCGAAAAGGAUAUUCGAGUCGUAGUCGUAAUGUCGUUCGCUUUACGACGGAAUUCAAUUCCAAUGGGAAUUCACGUGCUGAAACGGCAAACACGCUUUGGGAAAACGAUUUUCCCUGCAAACUCUGCUCGUCAGUGGAUUCGAAAAAAGGUGUUGCUUUGCAGACGCAAGUUAUUUUACGAGAUCUACGUUUUGAAUAAUGGUAAACUGCAAUACAUUGUAUUUAUAGCGUUACGCCAUAUAUCGGUCGAAUGAAACUAUUUUUGUGGUUUUAGUGCUUUCAUCCAGGUGCGUUCGGAGUUAUUGCGCUGUAAAAAUGUAAAUGCCGCGGUUUGCGUCACACUUUGUUUGUUGCACUUUAAACACUUGUAACCUGACGCACCUGAACAAUUAUUAAAAGCAUUUUUAAUUAACUUUUACUCAGAUACAGUAAUACUAUAUUUUUCAAAUGAACGAUAUAUUAUUUGCGAUAAUUAAUUAUUAUUAAUAUUUAAAAAUGCUUUAUAGGUACUAAAAUACCAAAGUUUAAUUUAAUACAUGUAAUUGAACACUGUAAUUACAUUCGGUUUAGUAGUUUCAUGUGGUUUAUGAACUAUUGAUUUUCAUAACCUCAAUUUAGGAAUAAGCUAUGUGAUGCCAUUAUUUCUGAAAGCAAUCAAAUUUGCUUAUAAUUGUUUUCAAUUUGUCAUUGCCCAAUUACUUACUCAAUUUUGUUGAAAACACACAGCAUGUAAGCCGAUAAAAUUGUUUUUCAAAACAUUUUUUCCAUGUUCCACCUCUGCAGGAGGUGUUCUUGGUGAGAUAUUUAAAUUUGUUUAUAAAAUAAACUUGUUUCUUUUUACAGCAUGAAA